AUGCCACAGAGCCAUCGCACCCUGGUCCUGGCGUUUGUGUGGACCCUGAUUUGGGGCGAGUUUGUACUGUUUCACCUGGCCUGGUUGGCCCCUCGGCUGGGGCAGUGGCAAUGGUGGCUGGUGAGCGUGCUGUUCUAUCCAGUGUUCGUGCUGCUAGUGGCCAGCUACUACCAGGCGAUUACCCUCCCUCCGGGCAGCCCUCCCACCCGCGACGAGGAGCAGCUUCUAGAAGGGACUCUGGAGGAAAUCAAGGGCCGUGCGCGUUCCUACUGCUUCACCUGCAAAACGGUCAAGCCAGUCCGCACGCAUCACUGCUCGGUCUGCAACGCCUGCGUGCUGCGCAUGGACCAUCACUGUCCCUGGGUGGGCAACUGCGUGGGACUGCACAACCACAAGGUAUUCUUGCUGUUCCUGGGGUAUGCCACUGCCGACCUCUCCUUCAUUUUUGUGGUCAUGCUUGCCGACCAGAUGGUCGAGGGGUUCACUCCUCUGGCAUUGGUGACGAUGGGCGUGGGGGGCUGUCUUGCGCUGGCGAUCGGGUUCCUACUGGCCGGACAGCUGCUCAAUUUCUGGCGAGGUAUAACCACGCUGGAAAGCUUCACGCGAGGGAUGGACCGGAGUGGAGUGUUCUGCAGGGGCGGGCUUUGUGCCAACCUGUCAGAAGUGAUGGGGUCCGGAGCCUGGUGGAUGCCGUUCGAUCAGGCAUUCUCCCACGAUUGA